CGUGAGCGGACGUCGUAGUAAAAGUGCGAGGCGAAACGUUGGAACAUGACGAAAGAUGCUACACAUACCCAGCCACAAGAGCCUUCUGCGACCCUUCUAGCAGAAACCCUACAACGGUUAGGAUACCGUCACUCUUCACCCAACGCCGGUCAUGGGCAGCAAGUGUCCAAUUUGGAGCAGGCUCUCGACUGGGCAUUUGCGCUCGAAGAGACACGGCCGUUCCUACACUGGCUAUGCGAAGCCUUGGAUGGGAAUGGAGGUCGGCCUGACGGAAACCUGGCACGAUGGGCUGGAUACGCUGUCUUAUCGGCAGAGGAAUAUGAGGCGCUAGAAGAAUUGAAGGCGAAAGGCUUCUUGAAUCCCAACGAGGCGCGGUGGGAUGUCCAACCACAAAACGAUGAUCUUGAUGACGUGACCAUUGAACAACUAGAAUCCGACGUUGCGUCAUUGGAAACUGAGCUACGACGUUCGCGAGAACAGCUUCGCUUACUGGAGGGUCAACGUACGAGACUAGAGCAAAGUAGGACAUCAUGCCAGAAGCGAACCGAGCGCUUAAAUUCCGAGAUAAAGGCAUCGGACAGUCGGAUGCAAGAAUUGGAUUUGGAAAUGAGCAAUCUGUCUCUACGAGUUGAUGCCGCCAUGAAAGAGGCCACGAAUACAGUUGGUCAGUUGGCGGAGGCUGUUGCGACCAGAAAUGAUGAACAUACCGAGGAUCCCCCAUAUUUUCUGUUCCAGUGCAGAAAGGAACUAGAGGAAUGGCAUCAUGUUGAUGAUACGAUGACAAGCUUACUCCAGGAGAAAUUUGCGGGGUUGUAUCCCAAGGAAGGCGAGUUACGUACUGAGGAAACCCCGGCUAUAUUUCGGCAUCCUUUGCCACAAGACAUUAAGAACGUUCCAUUUGAUUUUCCUGACGAGCUUCGAAAUGAGCUAGACAGGUUAAAGUCGCUCUACCCUCUGACAGAACAGGGAUACCUAGAUGCAUUGUUACGACAGCGGUACAACAAAGCAAAAUUGGAAGCGUUGCAAACAGAGCUUCAGCGGCAGAAUGACGAUAUGACUCAAGAAUCAGUAGCAGAGGAGCGAGACCGUCUACGAGCUGAAGCGCAGUCGCUGAGAGAAUCGAUAGAGCAAAUAAGAACGCAAGAACUUCCGGAGAUGUGGACAACACUGGCCGACUUCCAAUUGCGCAUGCCGUUCCUAAAGGAAUAUUUUGACGAGACGCUACAGCAUAACCAAGCUACUAUACAAGAUAGCAAUGAGUUGAAGCGGUUGCUUCUACAACAGUUUGCCCGUCGUCAGAUCCUUCUUUACGGUCUAAUGCACGAAGACAAAACCUUGCGCCAACAAGGACAUGUUGUAGGAUCACUCUGUAACGAACUGGAGAGGAAAUGGAAAGAGGUCCAAGACCGGAUGAAUUGGAUUACUUCUCCUGAAUUGGUCGAUACUGGGUCUGAAAGCGGGCUCAUUGAUCCAAGUGACGAGUUUAUGCAGCUUGUUAUCAAGUCAUUAAAGUUUUCUGGCGACAAUGGAAUGCAAGCAAAUUUACAAGGAGGGAAUACUCUCGUGUCUAUGGAGUCGGUCAAAGAAGCCGCUGUAAAACUGGUGGAGAGCGUACGACGUGGUAAAGAGGGUACUGAACAAGAAAUCAUGAAGCUGGAAGGUCAAAUGAAUGACAAGAUUGUAUCGUCCGAUAUAUUACUGACCACCCUAUAUGAGCACGCCGUUACUGCCAAACCUUUGAUGGCACCCAAGGAGCUGUAUUGCAUUGAGGACGAGAUCCGUUUAGCGACGGCCGACCUGGGCCCAAAGCUACAGGAAGCGACACAGAUCGCUUUAGAAAUGCAACAACCGUUUUAAUUAAAUUUAUUAUUCGUAUAUACAAUCAUUCGUCGCUCUACUCUAUACAUGCAGGAGUGAGAGAUCCAGCUGCCACCUUACGCCUUCAGAUAAAUUGCUGCUGGACCAAUCUCAUUGUAAUCAGCCUAAAAAAUUGAAAAUAUGAAUGAGAUGACGAGACUCCGUAGAUGCAGAUUAGAAAAGAAAAAAUACCUUUGUCAGAUAUCCGAAUGAUGAUCCCAAGAAGAUGAUCUGUAACGAUCGCAGGAGACUGGUUUAAAAACGG